AUGAGCCCUCAUGCAAAUAAGAUCACCACCAAUAACAACAACAACACCAACGCCCUAUAUCCACCGCCGUUGAGGAUCAACAAGGAGUCUCAUUUCAUCAAGAAACCCUCCACCUCGUCCCCGCCGUCGUCGUCAUCCUCCUCGUCCACGUACGCAUUGAUAUCCAACGCCACAAGACCGCCGCAGCAGCAGCAGCGCCACCCGGUCAUCAUCUACACGCAUUCUCCCAAAAUUAUCCACACGCACCCGCGUGACUUCAUGGCGCUGGUGCAGAAGCUCACCGGCCUCUCGCGGUUUGAGGAUGACACGUCGCCGCCGCCGAUGGAGGAGUUGAUGAAUAAGAGUCCUAACCAGGUUAAUAACAGCAAUGUGAUGAUAGGAAACGACGACAACGAGUCGUCGUCGGUGAUCACCGAUGAAAAUUGUAGCAGCAAUAACAGUAAUAAUAAUCUGAACAGUGUAGGAGGAGGAGGAGGAGGAGGAGGAGGGGAUUCUUCGUCGUGCUUUGUGCCACCGAAUCCAUAUCUGACAAACAUUCCUGUGUUCACGGCAAACACAGAUUUUUUGUGCACCAAUUCCAUGAACAUAUUCACGACUCUAUGA